AUGAAUUUUAAAGGGUUUCAAAAUUCUGAGUUCCAAGGGCACUUACGUAAGAGCACAGAGAAGAAACCCUACUUCUCGUGUUUCAGCUCGCUAUAUAAAGCGUACGAGUGCGAUUUCAUUUCUCUACCUGUAUUCAUUUGGCUGCUUAGCUUAGGCGACAUCUCCUUUUCUCCCUUAGGGUUACGGUCGAAAAGUUACAAAUCCAUCAUGGGUAAGGAAAAGGUUCACAUCAACAUUGUGGUCAUUGGCCAUGUCGACUCUGGGAAGUCAACCACCACCGGCCACUUGAUCUACAAGCUUGGUGGUAUUGACAAGCGUAUGGAUGCAACCACACCCAAAUACUCCAAGGCUAGGUAUGACGAAAUUGUGAAGGAAGUGUCUUCAUACCUGAAGAAGGUUGGAUACAAUCCCGAAAAAAUCCAUUUUGUGCCGAUUUCUGGUUUUGAGGGAGACAACAUGAUUGAGAGAUCCACCAACCUGGACUGGUACAAGGGCCCGACCCUCCUGGAGGCCCUCGACUUGAUUAAUGAGCCCAAGAGGCCAUCAGACAAGCCCCUUCGUCUCCCUCUUCAGGAUGUGUACAAGAUUGGUGGUAUUGGAACUGUGCCUGUUGGUCGUGUGGAGACAGGUAUACUGAAGCCUGGAAUGGUGGUGACUUUCGGCCCAUCUGGUCUGACCACUGAAGUUAAAUCGGUCGAGAUGCAUCAUGAGGCUAUGCAGGAAGCUCUCCCAGGUGACAAUGUUGGGUUCAAUGUGAAGAAUGUUGCUGUGAAGGAUCUCAAGCGUGGUUAUGUGGCUUCAAAUUCGAAGGAAGACCCAGCUAAGGAAGCUGCCAACUUUACCUCUCAAGUGAUCAUAAUGAACCAUCCUGGGCAGAUUGGACAGGGAUAUGCACCGGUGCUCGACUGCCACACUUCCCACAUUGCUGUCAAGUUUGCUGAGCUCGUGACCAAGAUUGACAGGCGAUCGGGUAAGGAGCUCGAGAAGGAGCCCAAGUUCUUGAAGAAUGGAGAUGCUGGGUUUGUGAAGAUGAUUCCCACAAAGCCUAUGGUGGUCGAGACCUUUUCCGAGUACCCGCCUCUUGGCCGUUUUGCUGUUCGUGACAUGAGGCAGACUGUUGCUGUUGGUGUCAUCAAAAGUGUCGAGAAGAAGGAUGCCUCGGGUGCCAAGGUCACCAAGGCUGCUGCCAAGAAGGGCGCCAAGUGAAGAUGUUUUCGAGAGAUGAUUUUGGUUCCGUGCGAAGUUUUGUUGUCCUUUUUCUGUUGAGUUUUUUGAACUGGUAAAUGGUACGUGGUUUUGGUAUUGCUAGUGGUUGGAUUUUUUCAAGUGUUUUGGGGAUGAGAUGUAAAACUCGGUGACUUUGCUUAAAUUCUGUUGAGACUUUCGUUUUUCAUGGAGUUUUUAAAUGAUUUACUUAUAGCUCUGAUUAUUUUCUUGACAUUGAUUAACGUUGGAAAUUGGUUAGUGACCUUCAUAAAAUUCAAACUUUUUUUUUUUUUUUCAUCUUUUUUGUUUGUAUUUAUUUAUUGGAAUCAU